UACACUCUUAUUUCUCUUUACCAGUUCUCAUUUCUCUCUCUCUUUUGCACAAUCGGUUGGUCGCAUCUGCAUAUGAAAUUCCAUAGUAGCCCUCAACCAUGCCGGCCUCAGCAUCAUCGGCGCCGCCCCCUCCGACUCACAGCCGUCGAGAGGAUCUGAUCGGACGGCUGAGCUCUUCUUCCACCGAGGCAAAACUCAAAGCUCUCCGUGACCUCAAGAAUCAGAUCAUCGGUAACCGCACGAAGAAGCUUUGUUUCCUCAAACUCGGCGCCGUUCCGUCUGUAACCUCCAUACUCUCUUCCUCCUCCGCUGCUGCAGCUGGUUCGGUUUGUGCCGGUAAUGACGUGGAACUCAACGAUUCGCUUAUUAUUCAAUCCGCUGCUGCUAUUGGUAGCUUCGCUUGUGGCUUUGAUGAUGGUGUUAAAGCAGUCCUUGAUGCCGGUGCCUUUCCUCUUCUUCUUCGCCUUAUUUCUUAUCCUAAUGAUAAGGUAGUCGGAGCAGCUGCUCGUUCCCUUAAGUUCAUUUAUCAAUCGAAGUUGGCCCCAAGGUAUGAUUUUCUGCAGGGGAACAAUAUGGAAUUUAUCCAGUCGCUACUGAAUAGUGAAAAUGAGAAUGUGACUGGACUUGGUGCAAGUAUCAUUACACAUUCUUGCCGGACAAGUAUGGAGCAGAAAGCAUUAAGUGAUGCUGGAAUUAUUAAAAAACUCACUUGUAUGCUUGGAGGGUCUGUAACUCAAAAAGAUGCUAGUUUGGAGUCUCUAGCCACUAUCCUGAAGGGAAAUCCUGAUGUCAUAUCAAAGUUCACGGAUCCUGAAAAUGGUGGAGCAUUGGGUACUGUUACUGAAUUGACCAAGGAUAAAAAUGCCCGGACAAGAUUGCUUGCUUGCAUAUGCUUGAUUGUCAUAAAGAACUCUGCUCCUUCUUGCCUUCAAGAUUUACGAAUCAAAACAAAAUUGAUACUAAUACUACUUGAGCUUCUUGAGGAUGAUCAAGUUGGAGACGAAGCUCCUUUUGCCUUGUCUAGUUUGAUUGCAGAAAAGGAGGAUUUGCAAGUAUUAGCAUUCGAGGCAAAUGUUAUUGAUAAACUUGUCAACCACCUGCGGAAUGGUCCAUUGUUGUCGAGGCGUUUGGAGGGAAUACUUAUUGCAUUGGCUAACAUGUGUUCGAGAUUGGAACGCUGCAGGGAUCGGCUUUUGUCGUUAGAGGCUAUGAAGUUUGUAACUGAUGCCCUGAGUCAGGAUAGUGGUGAAGUGCGUGCUGCAGCAUGUAUUUGUUUGAAAAAUGUUUCUCGCUCAGUGAAGAAUCUUAGUGCAGGUCUAUUUAUGAAAGAGAGUUUUGUUGUUCCAUUGGUUCGGCUUUUGUUUGAUGAUUUGACCUUUGUCCAGGCUUCUGCCCUUGAUGCCAUCAGCAACGUAGUGGUUGAUUUCUUGGCGCAUAAGACAAUGUUUAUGCAAUGUGGAGGUGUGAAGCAGCUUGUUCAGCUUUCAAAGUCAAUGGAUUCAAUUAUUAGGGUAAAGGCCGUGUGUGCUUUAAGGAACCUAACAUUCCUUGUGAACAACAAAUGUAAAGAGGAAAUUCUAUCAGAGCUCACGCAGUUGACCCUUAGAAGCCUGAUUUGUGAUCCUGAGGUUUGUGUUCAAGAGCAAGCUUUAGCUUUGGUUCGUAAUCUUGUUGAUGGGCCUCUAGAUUGUAUCCAGCAUGUCUUUGCUGAGGACGCUCUUCUGCUGCAUGCUGUUGGACAGCAACUGCAAAGUGCUUCAAAAGACGAAAUCUUUAUUCAGGGUAUGUACGUCUUUACCAAUGUUGCAUCUGGAAAUGAAGUGCACAAGGAAGCUGUUAUGCAAGAGCUCUUUCCACCAUUAGCUAAUGAUUCUGAAUCAAUUAUGUUCAAGUUUUUACAUAGUGAUGAUAGACGAUUACGUACAGCAGCAGUUUGGGCUCUAGUAAACCUUACUUUUCCAAGCAGUUCUGGUGCAUUUGGCCGAGUGAUGAAACUACGGAAUGCUGGCAUAGUUUCCCAGUUGAAAAUUUUGGCCAAUGAUCCUUGCCUUGAUGUAAAGCUUAGAGCGAGGACGGCUCUGGGGCAAUCAAUGACUUCUGGUGAUGGUUCUACGUGACUAUUAUAUUUUAUCCUUAAUUCAGUGGUUGGUGAGAGAUUCUGGUGCAGAAUGUUGCUUGGGCGUCAACAUGUUUUAUAUAAUGCCAUGUCUGCAAUCUUUGGGACCAAGGAUAACAUGGUAUAUUCAUCAAGGUUUAAGCUUACUCCAGCAUUUUUCAAAUUCAAGGCUUUUGCUUUGUUUGGUUUAUGCUUGUGUGGCCUAGCCGGUCGUAUUCAACUGUAUCGUUCUGUACCCCCCAGCCGCAAUUUUGUAUAUUUUUUUGUCCUUGUGUAAUGUUAUCUAUGAUUGUUUCACCUGUUAUUCUGUAUUUUCCCAUUAUUGGAGGGUGUUGGCAUGGGAUAAUUAAUGAGAAGGCAUUAUCGUCCCUUGUCUCUCUUUAUCUCGAGGG